AUGCCGUCGGCGCAGCUCGAGCAGCAGUUCCAGGCGCGCAUCGCCCAAGCGAAAGAGGCUGCGCGCUUGGCGUCCAUCGCAGCAUCUGCGCGAGCUUCGUCCGUAUCGAACGGUCCAUCUCUCGCGCCCGUGCCACCUGUUUCGACGACGUACCAGUCGUCCGCGCCCGUCGCCGAGUCUUUUCGACUGGACGCGAUCCCUUUCGACGUGAGGAAUCGCAUUGAUCGACUGGUAGAGUUCGUAGCGCGCAAUGGCGUCGCCUUUGAGCUCACAGUCAGGCAACGGGAGCAGAACAAUCCGGACUUUGCGUUUUUGACCCCCGGGGGACCGUUUGCCGACUAUUACGAGUGGAAAAAGCAGCAGCAGCAGCAGCCAGUGGGUGGAGGUGCACUGUCGGGACGCGGUCCUCCUGCACGAAGUGCUGCUGCGUUUCCUGUGGUAACGGUACCGUUGGAAUCUCUUGGCGACAUGUCGGUUGGUGCCAUGGCGAACGUCUGCAAGUUUGCGAAAGUGAGUGGCGUGCAGCCGUAUGCACCGAUCCCUCGCGAAGUUCUUUUGCGCGUGGGGAGUCUGCCGCCCGUGGAACCUGCGAGACUGGAGGUGCGACUGACGGAGUUUUACCGGGACGAAGGGACAAAGGGUCGACGCGACUGA